AAACCUAAUUUAAUUAAUCAUCUAAUCUUGAACAACACACUUAUAUAAACACCUCACUAUUAUCAACCCUCCAAAUUAAAACAACAAAAUGAAAAUCUCAUCACCAUUUCUAGGAUUAUUACUACUAAUCCUCACACUAAUUUCCUUCACUAAUCCAUCUCAUCAACAACCCUAUUCUCCACCUCAAAUACAAAACCCUAGACUCCUCAAUGCCUUCAUAGCCCUCCAAGCUUGGAAGCAUGCCAUCACCGGCGACCCCAAGAACUUCACCGCCGGCUGGCGCGGCCCCGACGUGUGCCGCUACGCCGGCGUCUACUGCGCCCCGGCCCCCGACGACCCCCACGCCACCACCGUCGCCGGCAUCGACCUCAACCACGCGGGGAUCGCCGGCACGCUCCCCGAGGAGCUCGGCCUCCUCGCCGACCUCGCCGUGCUCCACCUCAACUCCAACCGGUUCACGGGCGGCCUCCCCGGCGGCCUCCGGCACCUCCGCCUCCUCUACGAGCUCGACGUCAGCAACAACCGCCUCUCCGGCGGGUUCCCGGCCGUCGUCCUCUGCCUCCCCUCGCUCAAAUUCCUCGACAUCCGAUACAACAAGUUCGCCGGGGACGUCCCCGGCGAGCUCUUCGACAUGAAACUCGACGCUAUCUUCGUCAACAACAACCGGUUCAAGCUCACGCUCCCGAGGAACCUCGGGAACUCGACGGCCUCCGUCUUGGUCCUCGCCAACAACGAUCUCCGGGGGUGUAUUCCCCCGGAGAUCGGGAAAAUGGCCAACACGCUCAAUGAGAUCAUUCUCAUGAACGCCGGCCUCGCCGGCUGCUUGCCGGAGGAGGUCGGAAAGCUCGUGAAGCUCACGGUCUUCGACGUCAGCUCCAACAACCUCGUCGGGAGCCUGCCGGAGUCGAUGGGGAACAUGAGGAGCCUCGAGCAGCUGAACGUCGCCGGCAACAAACUCUCCGGCCAGAUUCCGGCGAGCAUCUGCUCGCUGCCGCGGCUCGAGAACUUCACUUACUCCGACAACUACUUCUGCGGCGAGGCGAGCUCGUGUUUGAAGCUCAAGGAUAAAGAUGAUGCCAAGAAUUGUAUACCUUAUAGACCUAAGCAACGUUCUUCUCAAGAAUGUCACGAUUUCUAUUCGCACCCUGUGGAUUGCAGCGCCUUCGGAUGUUCGGCGAGGCGGCCCCCGCCGCCUCCUCCUCCGCCGCCUCCGCCACCGCCGCCGCCGCCGCCACAUUCCUACUAUCCAUGAUCGAAUUGUUUUGUUUAUAAAUUUCUAUCAUUGACAUUUUCUUCUUUUGCUUUUACUUUCUUUUGUUUACUUUUAAAAAUAUAUAUAUACAUAAUUUCAAGGGUUAA